AUGAGGGAGAUUUGUUUCCAUCGAAGGCUUUUGAAGCGUGUGCAAGAACUUCGGGAAGAGACGGAGUGGAACUGUGGACUUAAACUACAAGCUGAAGCUGUUCUGCAAUUCCAGCCCCUGCAGCUCUGCAAUUUCCUGGCUGCGUUUUAUCAGCGAGACACCAUGAAGGAGAGCGAUGUGCAGAUGAUGCUGGCUGCCGACGUGCACCUCGGCACCAAGAACUGCGACUUCCAGAUGGAGCGCUACGUCUGGAAGCGCCGCUCCGAUGGCAUUUUCAUCAUCAACGUGGGCAAGACCUACGAGAAGCUGGAGCUGGCCGCGAGGGUGAUUGCUGCCAUCGAGAACCCGCAGGACAUCAUCGUCCAGUCCGCGAGGCCGUACGGGCAGCGCGCGGUGCUGAAAUUCGCGCAGUACACGGGAUGCCAGGCCAUCGCGGGGAGGCACACGCCCGGUACGUUUACGAAUCAGCUGCAGAACACGUUCAGCGAGCCCAGGCUGCUGAUUUUGACGGACCCCCGCACUGAUCACCAGCCCAUCAUGGAGGCAGCUCUGGGGAACAUUCCCGUGAUCGCGUUCUGUGACACGGACUCUCCGAUGAAGUACGUGGAUAUCGCGAUUCCGGCGAACAACAAGGGCAAGCACAGCAUCGGUGCUCUGUUCUGGCUGCUGGCCCGCAUGGUGUUGCAGAUGCGAGGCACGAUCAGCGCCGCGCACCCAUGGGACGUGAUGGUGAGUGUGGCGAUUUGGGAGGUUUGGGAGGGGGGAGGGGGCAUUGCGGGGUGGGAGGGGUUGGGAUGUGAAUGUGGUGGACGUGGCGGGUAA